AUGAUGGGCAAAGGUGACAUGGGAAAGGGAAGCAAGGGCGCAAAAGGCUUCUCAGCGAACGCGCAGCCAGAUGUGCAGCAAAUACUCGGAAAUUGCAUAGGACAGAUCAAGAGCUUCAACGCAGCUCAUGGAUUCGGCUUUAUCGUCUGCGAAGCCUUGCAGCAGCAAGGCUUUCGGCAGGAUGUCUGGCCCUUGUGGUUGUGCGUGUCUUCGGCACGGCAGUGUGGGUAG